AUGGCUAGGCGGCCAGUGGGGCUCAGUGCCCAGUGGCUGGGCAGUGACAAUGAAGCAGUCAGGCCCACAGGCCUCGGCUCUCCUAUAAGGGGCAAUGCCAGGCGUGAAAGCAGGAAGGCUGCUCUGCAGCGAGCCUGCAACCUGGGCAUAAAAACCAGGAGCGGAAUGCGGGUCCUGCUGCCAGAUGGCCUAUGCAAACUGCAGCAGCGGAUUCAACUGACCGGCUGCCAUGCCUAUUAG